AUGACGCUAAUUAAAAUAACAACGUGCUGGAAAAACAGACAAGCAUUAGGACGUUUGCUUGCCGAAAUACAAAAUAAUUUCAUCGCCGACAAAUACAAUACGUUCGAGAAGAGAUUCAUUUUUAUCAAAUAUACCAAAAUGGCGAAAUAUUAUGUUUUAGUUGCUGUUACCACGAUGACAUUUAGCACUGUUUUUUAUUACAUCAACGCAUUGUUGCCAAAUGUAAAAAUGGUCAUAAGCAAUUCGUCAUUGAGUUACAAACUACCGUACAAAACACGAACCAUUGGCGAUAUACGCGACAUUAGGAUCUAUAUUUUUCUCUGUAUUUAUCAGAUGUUGGUAGUACCAAGUAUUGUACUAGGUUUCGUCGGAUUUGAUUGUUUGUUCGCCAAUCUUGCAUUUCAUAUUGCCGCACAAUUUGGAAUUCUCAGUUCUAUGCUCAAAGAAAUUCUCGACGACUCUAAUGCUUUUCAACAUAAUAUAAAGGAACUUUUACUUCGACAUUACGUAUUGAUAAGACAAGCGAAAACUUUGGAAGAUAAUUUUAAUGUAAUAAUAUUGCAACAGUUAGUAAGCACAACGUUUCAACUUUGUUCAUCUGCCUACAAUACAAUUUUAGAUUCAGUAAGCAAAGAAACAUUAACGUUAAUCGUAUUCUGCUUUUAUGCUUUGAGCACAUUGAGUACAUUGUUUCUUUAUUGUUACAUCGGCGAGUGUCUUAUUCGAGAAGUAAUUGAAUUAAUUAACUAUAUCCAGGGUGUCUUAUAUUAUUUGAUUUUCGAAUAUAAGAACGUGAUCCUUUCAUUGUCGAUAAUUGAUUAUAAUUUUGACGUAUUAUGGAAACAGGAUAUAACUUAUUUGAAAAAAGGGGUAAACUCGAUGGAUGGUCUUUAUCGUUGUCACCCUAACACCCCAAUGGAAAAGUUACUUCACGUGAAACUUUCUUUCGUAACGACGAUAUCAACAAACCCCCUUUUACGAGCGAAUGAACCGGCGUAG